CCAUGGAAGCUGGUGCCCACUGGGACGGCGAGAAGGAGGUCCUGGUGGUGGAGAGGGGCUUCCCGGCGCUGCUGACCUGUGUGAACAGAGCCCAGGUGUGGACUGAACGACACAUAGAGGAGGAGCAGCAAGUGGUCCACUGGGACCGGCAGCCUCCGGGCGUCCCUCACGACCGUGCUGACCGCCUGCUGGACCUCUAUGCCUCGGGCGAGCGGCGUGCCUACGGCCCUCCUUUUCUGCACAGCCGCAUGGAGGUGAGCACGGACGCCUUCGCCCGGGGGGACUUCUCCCUGAGCAUCGACCCCUUGGAGCGGGCGGACGAGGGCACCUACUCCUGCCACCUGCACCAUCACUACUGUGGACUCCAUGAGAGGCGGAUCUUCCACUUGGCUGUGUCAGAGCCCUUGCCUGAACCCCGAGGCCCUGCCCCGGCCCCCGAGGACACCCCCAGCAACCGUACCAGCCAGAGCCGAAGCCCAUCCCCUGCUG